UUUUUUUCCUGGCCUUUUCUCCGCCAAGGGCCCGGAAAAGCAUCCGUUGCUCCUAGGGAUCUCUUCUGCCCUGGCCCAAGGUUGUUAUCAUUUACCGAGAUCCUGGUCACCUGCCUCGGGCGGCGGCACCGCGAACCCCGCGGGCUUCGCGGAGGCCCUGCUCUUCGGGUAUUUACGGCGCGCGGCCGCCCCAGCUCCGGCUCAAGUCUGCGCUUCCAGGUUCAGUUUCAGGGUCUCGCCGGCAGCCCCGGCCGGCGGGCGCGCGGCGUUCAGUGGGGCCGCGACGGCUGGGUCCUCCGGGGAGUGCCCCGGAGUUGGGAGGCGGCGUCCGGGAGUCCCCGGAGGAGGAUGGGCUGCGGACACAGCAGGCUGAGCUGCUGCAAAGCCCCCAAAAAGAGGCGCCAAAAACCAGAUCAGCCCCCCAGACCAGAGCCACAGGAACUAGGUCCCCUCAACGGGGACACAGCCACAGCUGUCCAGCUCUGUGCAUCUGAGGAGGCUGAGGAGUGCCAGAAGGAGAUAACCAGAAUUCUCCAGCAACACAAAGAGGAGAGGAAGAAAUGGGCACAACAGGUGGAGAAGGAGAAGGAGCUAGAGCUUCAAGAGAAACUGGAUGAACAGCGAAGGGUCCUGGAGGGAGAGCAUGAGGAGACCCUGCAAGUCCUCCAGGCCUCACAUGAGCAAGAGAAGGAAGCCCUUGCCCACUCCUUCCAGGAGGCCAAGGUGACCCUGCAGGAGACCAUAGAUGGACUGUCCUCACAGCUGGAGGUCUUCCAGGCCAAGAUGAAGAGGGUAGAAGAGUCCAUUCUGAGCCGAGACUAUAAGAAGCACAUCCAGGAUUACGGGAGCCCCAGCCAGUUCUGGGAGCAGGAACUGGAGAGCCUACACUUUGUCAUCGAGAUGAAGAACGAGCGCAUUCACGAGCUGGACAAGCGGCUGAUCCUCAUGGAAACAGUGAAAGAAAAAAAUCUGCUGUUGGAGGAAAAAAUCACCACCCUGCAGCAGGAGAACGAGGACCUCCAUGUCCGGGCCCGCAACCAGAUGGUUAUGUCAAGGCAGCUCUCGGAUGACCUGCUUCUCGCCCGCGAGGCCCUGGAGAAGGAGUCCCAGUUGCGGCGACAGCUCCAGCAGGAGAAGGAGGAGCUGCUGUACCGGGUCCUGGGGACUGACGCCUCCCCUGCCUUCCCCUUGGCCUCUGUCACCCCCACCGAGGUCUCCUUCCUCGCCAGCUAGGGCCCAGGUCCUGGGCCCACCGUGACGCCUGUGGUCACAGCUCCCUCUUGAGGAUUUACCAGAGAAGACAGCAGGAGCCUCUCAUUCUUUUCCCAGGAAGGGCGGAGGGCAGGGGUGAGGUGGGAGCCAGGGUGUGUGCCCAGGGAGCCCUGGGGGCGUGGGCUGUGCAGGAUCACCCAUGGGGCUUCGAGGCCCCAGAUGCACCUUCCCUUGAGUUGGCCCAGGGAACCAGCGAGAGGAGUCCUUCCGUCCCUCCCUGUUCUCUCUGUUCAAAUCAGGGAAGUCCUGAGCUUUUUCCAGGGGCAGCCAGUGCCGCCGAGGCCACCUGACAAAGAGACAACCCUCUGCUCCUGACUCGUUAGCAUCCCCCAGAUGUUCUCGCCUCUGCUCAGGCCCUCCCUUAGCCUCAGUUUACCUCUCCUCUAAAACAGCCAGGGGAACUGAACGAAUGAUCCUUCAGUCACUACAGUGUCCCAUUCUAGGAUUGUUUAAAGGUCAGACGAGGGGCUGGGGGACAGGAGAGGAAGUGGGCCAAACCCUGAGAACCAACAGGGAAAGGCGGGCAGCUGGAAAGGGGGUCACUGGAGGCCCUUGGGGCUGGCGGUGCCAGGGCCCGACCCAGCCAAGGCAAGGGCUGGGCAUGACCCGGGGCAUGCCACUGCUCCUGGUCCCAGAGUCUGGUCGGCCCAGGGGUUAAGCCAGAGCUCCUCCUCCCUGACCAGGCAAGGCUCACUCCUCAGCCCUCUGGGUCUCUCAGUCUCGGUGCCGCCUGGGCACAGGGCCACCUCGGGGGUCUGGGUACACCUAACUGCCAGAGUGGGGAACCUCGUCCCUGUACAGAUGAGGAAACCAAGGUGAGGAGUGGGACCCACAAAGAUGAGGUCCUAGUCUUCAUCUGUCAUCCAGCUCACAGCUUGCUGUGCUUGUUUUUCUCCGCAGGCUCUGGAAAGAUCAGAUGUAUGACUUAGUCUUUCUCCUCCUUCCUCUACCUGCCCCCACCCACUUCCAGGCUCUCUCUUCCUCCUGCUCCCUACCUUUACUCCUUCUACCACCGCUGAUGCCAGGCGCCAGGACCCCAGAGCCUGGCCCUCAGCUUCCCCAUCCGUGCAGAGGGGUGGCCAGCGUGAGCAACCUCAGCAGGCCUGUCCAGCCCUGGCCGUCUGUGGAUUUAAUAUUCUUCUCAGGAAGCUUCGGGUCAGCUGGACACUAUAAUGAGAACCCCUCCCCUGCCCAGAGCAUUUUAAUUCAAUGCUCUCACAGACACCUCCCUCCCAUCAGCUACCUAAGAUUCUUGAAGCCAGUUCUUACCCCUCUUCAGCAGCAGAGCAAACUGAGAUCACGGGAGUCGGAGGGCCUUGCCUGCGAUUCCCCAGCUCCAGCUCCAGGUCCCAGACUAGCAAGUAAGAAAGGUCAACCCAGUAGAACUAAGGUUUGCUCCAUCAUCCCAGACUGCCUUCUUCAUUCCCUGGAUCUGGUCUUCAGUCAUUUCUUGUUCGCGGAGUUCAGAUGUGACUCUGUUUCUCCAUUUCUCCCCUAGGAGGGCUAGGGGAGUGCUGAGCUGCUUCUCCGGCCAUGGGCAAACAGGUUACCUAUCUGGGAGCCUUGGGGACAGCUCUGGAGUGAAGUACACAUGUACUUCUUCAUGUCACUUUUCCCAAAGUCUAUCUGGGAUACACUAGUUCAUUGCACAUUAAUAGGCAUGACCAAGAAAAAAAUUGAUAGCCUAGUAAUUUGAGAAACUCUAGAUUCAGUCAAGUUAAACAGAUCCUGCAAAGUGCAGGACUUCUCAGAACCUUUAAUAUGCUAAUGUGAACUGCAAAUUUCCAAGAAGGAAGCAGAGUAUCCAGCAUUUUCUAAAGUCCCUUGACCAACUUCCUACCCCAACCUAAGCACUUCAGGCUGCAGAAUGCACUUUAGAAAGAUGAGAAGGGCUAGGCUGCAGAAGGGGCAAGUUGUGGGGAGCAGGGUUUCCCACAUGUAGCCUAUGGUGGAGGCAGGGAGAUAAACUGUGGUCACGCCCUCACCCUGGGGCAGACAAGCCAUGGAAACUAUGGUAUUGUAUUUAUUUGGCCCCGGUGUUUUCCUGGGAGAGGGAGGAGGAGGCUCCUUGCUGAGGACCCCUGCUAGUGGCAGGGACCAUUGAGGAGUAUGUCCUGGGCCUGAGUGACUUGCCAGUGGCUCUGGGCUCCCUCCUGGGGUACUGGUGCCCCACUGGGCCAGCUUUGCCCAGCCCUGGAGUGGGGCCUGAUGUUGGAGUGAAGGCUGGCCAUCAAAACGGGUCAGGGCUUGGAGGGAGGCUGUGAGGUUGAUGCAAGGCAUCGAAGCAGUGAUGGGCGGGCAGAGUAUAAGGGGCGAGUGCAAAAGUUCUUUUUACACUCUUUUGGGAGUGACAGCUCCUUGGCAUCAAAAACACCAAAGGUUCACACAGUUACCUACCCCUGUUUCUGCCCAUUGCUUCACACCAGCAUGCCUGUAGCCAGCGAGGGAGCUAGGAAGGGGCAAGGGAAACAUGAGAGCUUCUGGUCACAUGGACACGGGUGGUGGCAAUCCCCGUGCCCUGCAAGUUGGUGGCCUGGCAGGUGUAGAUGCCAGAGUCCCCAACCCGGGCCUCUUCCACGUACAGGGUGCUCCCUGCCUCCUGCAGCACCUGGCCCUCUCAGCGAACAACACUGGCCCACUCGCUGACAUAGGGGGGUCGGCCCAACUGCAGGGACAAAAAAAUAACUGUCCAUCAGCCAGCCCAGGUGUCCUCUCUGACUCAGGCAAAUGAGAGGCACUGUGUAUUCCUUCAGGGACGGGGACUCGUCCAAGGUCAUACAUGCUGAUCAGAGCACCUGAAAGGCCAGGUUCUUUGUGGCAAAUAUGAGCUUCCCAAGUCCCUGGGGAGAAGCUGGGGUCUCCUCUCCGACUCAAGGAAAUGCAGGAAGUAACUUGGCUGGGAGCAGUACCCCCUACCAGUAUGGCACUCUGGUUUUGUGUGGUUGUUAAUGGGUGCUACCUCCCCAAGGCGGGGCAGGAGGUGGGGUUCUAUUAUGAAAAUUGUUUGGAAAACACUGAGUCAAGCAAAAUUAAAUUGGAGAGACUCAGACCACCAAGUCUGUCACGUGUGCAUGUGAGUUGUGAAUCUCCAAGGCAGGUGAUGGUUAUAAGAGGCAGUGUUUUCCUAAAAACACUUUUCUUUGGGGUUUGGGGCUGGAUUUUUUGUCAUCCUGCCAUUCCGAGGAACGUGUCUGGGGCAAGGCUAUAGCACAGUGAAGCCAUGUCUUCCCAACCAUCUGUGUGUUCUCUUCCCCUUAUUGGGUCUCAGUUUCCAAUGUGGACAAGUGGGAGAAUGAUCCCCCAUUCUUUCCCUCCUAAGGCCUCUGGGGAGCUCACCUUCACCAUGUCUUUGCUGGUCCAGCCCUCCCUCCAAAGCUCAGAUCAAAUUCCAGCUCUUCCAAGAAGCCCUUUUAGGAAUUCCUGAAGUUGUCAGUGCUGGUGCAUCUACUGUGUGACCCAGCUGCUCUCCAGAUGUUUGAGGGUUAUGGGGGUAAGUUCUUUGAGAGGAAGGACCAUCACUACCACCUGUCGAGUAACACCUUUAGGAAGGUCUGGCCCACGGCAGGUGCCCAGGAAACAGUUGUUACAUGAUUUCGUCCAUCUCUUACUACACACACACCGGCCAUAGGGCCUGAGCACUUGCCCCAGCCCCGUGCUCGUGAGAUUUGGGCCAGUCCAACCUCAGCUUGAAUGUCACCUCAGAGAAGACUCCCCGACCGCUCUAUCUUAAGAAGACCCCAUCGCAUUGCCCUAUUGUAUCUUCGAUGUAGCGCUUGGUAUUUUCUCCAUGAUCAUGUUCACUUCCCACUUCUUCCUCCCUGGGUAGAUUGUAAGCUGGAAGACAGCACAAGUCAGAGGUCUUUUUGCCUCAUCCUUGUGGUCUCUGCGCUAAGCACAAUGUCUGGCAUGUAGUGGGUGCUCAGUACUUAUCGUUGGAUAAAUUAAAGAAGGAACACAUUAUACAUUUUAUACAGUAACCUAAACAAGGAGACUGAGGCCCGGAAAAGGGAAAUGACUUGCCCAAGGCACUCAGAGUAGCGGUCCAGCAGUGGUUCCACUCGGCCACGAUCGCACCCGACCCUCAUCCUAACUCCUCACUCCCAUGCUCUUGGCCAACACACCAUCGCCACAGACACACAUAUGCAGUCUUGUCUUCCCCUCUGCUUACCUUCUGCCCUGGAUAAAAUCCACAGCAAUCUCCAGCUCACCCAGAGCUGUACAAGUCACACCAGAGUUUCUCCCAGUUGGACUGAUGUUGCUGAAGCUUGGACGGUGGGUGUGGGGGAGGAAGAUGGGUCUGCCAUGGAGAAGAUGGGAGAGAAAUGGGGACAAACAUAUUGAACUGAUUGUUAGAACAACUGAAUGAAAUGAAUGACGGAAUGGUUACAUUCAUAGAGGGUGAAUGAUUGGGUUGGUUGAAUGGAUAGAGGAUGGGUAGCUGAUGGAACAGAUGGAGGAUGGGUGAAUGGAGUGGAUGAUUUGAGGGAAGACAGAUGACUAGAAUGGUGUGGCAUGACUGAGAAUGAGUAUGGAUGGACAGAAAGGCUGGUGGUCGCUCAAUAGCUGAUUGGCUGGCUGGCUGGACAAGAUAGUUGACUACAUGGAGUGUUGUUGAAAGCUGGUUGGUUGUUUAGAGUUCCAUGAUCCACAGAACCCAUAUCUGAGGUCUCUAAAGGGGGCAUCUCUCCCCAUAUCCUCCCUUGCUCUGCCCACCCAGGCCCCAGGCCCACACGCAGUUGAUGUAGAUCAGCAUGUACUUGGUAGCGAUUUGUCUCAAGCCACCCAGGCUGGCCAAGCGGAAGAGGGCCAGCCAAGGAAUCUCGGGGCCAGUGGAUGGUGAAGCCCUUAUUCACAUCAAAAGAGAUGUCGAUCCCAUCCACUGGGACUUCCUCCAGGGGGAAUUCCCAACGCAGUGUCACCUGGGCCAGAGGGUUGGUCACUUGGCAGGGAAGCAGGAACUGCUGAUGGCUGUGCAACUGUACCACUUCAUAAUAAUCCUGAGUGGGGACGAAGAGCUCCUCUGGGUCUGGGAAGGAAGGUGGGAUAGAGAAGAAGGAGCAUGGCCUAGAUUAGCUGUUUCCUGAUGCUCCAGCACCCAAGAGCAAGAGGUCCCUCAUGGGGACCUAAAAAUCUCACUUUCCCUGGCCAUUCUCAGUCCUAAACUGAGAGCUGAAGCCCAGCCUGCUAGUUCCAGCUUCGUCAUUUUGAUUGGCGUUCUUGGAGACCCCGACCUCAGGGCACCUGCAGAGAAGAUGAAGGUCUUUCCCUGGAGGGCCUUGCCCUCCACGCGCGCUGUCCUGGCUGAGCCAAGCCCAGCAGCUGUAGUCCUGGUGUCCGCACCCGUGGAGUUCACCAGCUGCUGCUGGCUGCGCCGGCCGAAGGGCUUGAUUCCAAAAGAUAGUCAUGGGGCUGGCCCAGGGUGCGGCGGGCAGCAGAUGCGGGUGGCCGGGGACACCUAGUGAGCAGUGUUUAGCCGGCUGACAGCCCCUCCUCCCCCGUGCUCAGCAUGCCGCCCACCCAGUCUUCGCCCUUCCCCACUGACACCAUGAGGAUUUGUAGUGGCCCCACCUGGUUUCUGAUUGCUCGCCUCUCACCAGCCUCAUGCACAUCUCCUAAUGGGUCCAUCUACUCGUCACAGAGCUUGUCCUUCCUUUGCAAAUGGCAUGCCCCAAUCUGCUCUGUGCUCCCUCCUUGGCUCCUCCCAUGUGUCCCUCUGUUUUGGCCGGCAAAUGCCCUCUAAACAACUCCACCCCCUAACAGAGGCAGGGUCCCAGCAAAUCUCACUUUAAGAGGCUGAACUGAGAGAGGGUAGACAAAUCUCCUGACCCGGAUUUCUAUCCCAGCCUCUGCCCGAUUUUCUUCUGGACUGGGGUGAGCAAUGCUGGUGCGAUCAACUUUGCUUUUAUUUCUGCCUUCCCUAUUUUGGUGUCCCCGACAUAAGGGUGUCUCAGCCUGACAUUCAAAACACAGGCGGGACAGUUAGCCUCCUUCCCUUCCCAUGGCCACCUUUCUCCCUACAGGCACUAUGUGCUGUCCCCAGAAUUGACAUCCAGUACUGUGGGAAGCCAUGUCUCCCCUUCUGUUGAACCACUAUGGAUCUGAUGGGUCUUGUGAGCCCAUCUUACUGUUUCUUUUUUUUUUAAACAUUUUUUAAAAGAUUUUAUUUGAGAGAGAGAACGAGCAGGGAGGGGGGUGUGCUGGGGGAGAGGGACAAGCAGAUUCUGCUGAGCCAUACACAGGGCUCCAUCCCAGGACUCUGGGAUCAUGACCUGAGCCGAAGUCCGACGCCUAACCGACUGAGCCACCCAGGCAUCCCUGUUUCUUUUAGAUGCCUGCAGUUGUACCUAAUGGAAGCCCAUUGUGGGUUCUGGACCACUCUAAUCACCAUAAAAACUGUCCUCAAGUUGUCUGUGAACUGCUGCCCCCUCCUGGACCCAUUCAUGCUGUCACAGGAGUUCCUCCACCUUGUACCUCAGGCGUUCCUCGCCUUCCUCUUCCAGGUUUGCAGGUACCCUCCAGUGACUACCUGCCCCUCCAGCGCAGCUCCAGGUGAUCACCAGCCCACAGGCUCAGAGAGUCCCCCGCCUUCUGGAAGCAGCCCCUCCCCAGCACCUGGGUCAUGAUGCUGGGGGCGGCUGCGCAGCGUGGGGCUGCCGCCUCCGCUUCCGCGGGAGUCUUCAUCUACAGGGACUUCUGGCUCAGGUCUGAUUUGGGUUUCCUCCUGCCUGUGGCUCCUGAGGCCUUCACCUACCUCUCCAGGGCUGGUGGCUUUGAGGCCUCUCUUUUUCGGAGCCUUUGGAGUUCUGUCCGGCUCCUGGACUUCAGCUGCAGGGAAAUGGGGUGAGUGUGGGGCCACCAGCCUUCACCAUUCAUCUCACAUGAGGUCCUCUCCUCCCGCCAGCAGCUGGCAGAACCUCAGAGCUCUGUAAGGAAUCCUCACUCUUUUGAGAAAAAUUAUAAAAUACAGACAAACCAAGAAAAAGGGAUUAAAUGUGCCCCCAAACUUACCAUCCAGAAAUAACCACCAUGAUUAUUUGAAGCAUAUUUUUCCAAGGCUUUUUAAUGCAAAUAUUUUAAAGACAUUGUUAAAAAAAUAAAAUGGAACCAUAGAACACAUAUUUUUAAUAAUCUGUUUUUUCACUUAGUAAUAUGUUGUGAUUACCAUUCCAUGUCAAUAAAUGCACGU